GGCACUGUUCAAGAGAAGCACAUGGGACAAUUGAAAAGCUAUCAUGCCAAGGAGCUACAAAAGAAAGACCAACUGGGGCUCAACACCCCUUGAAGAGAUGGAGAGAGCAGCAGCUGAUGUCAAGGGUGGAAAAUCCAUCAGAUCAGUGGCUAAAGACAGAAAUGUUGACAGGUCAACCCUGCGGAGAUACAUAAAAAAGAAGGAGGUAAAGGAAGUAAAAUCAGUAGGGUACAGUGGAACAGCUGAAGCAAAGAGGGUCUUCACAAAGGAGGUGGAGAAGGAUCUAGCAGACCACAUAAAAAAGCUAGCUGAGCAGUUCCACGGCCUUACUCCAAAGAAAUGCUGUGAACUGGCAUUAGAACUAGCAGAGAGGAACAACAUUCCUGUACCCAAUAACUGGAACGAAAAGGGUUUAGCAGGUAGGGUGUGCAUGAAAUGA